AUGGCGAGUAAUCCUCUGCUAGGUGAGACGGGAAAAGCGGAAGAUGAUACUGAAGCCGAUAUGCUGGAUCAAAUCAUUGAAGAUAUUGACGGGAUGACAGUGGAAGAAAGUCUUAUGGGAGGGUAUGAGUGUCCAAAUUUUGUGCUUUCAGAUAGAGAAGAGAAACGGAUCUACCGGCCAUGGAAGAGAGGUGCUAUUGUCAAGCUGUUAGGGCGGAAAAUAGGCUAUAAAGCCUUGGAGAAUAGACUGAGACAAAUGUGGGUUAAAAAAGGAGUCAUUAGUAUAAUAGAUCUAAGUAAUGAUUAUUAUUUAGUGGCAUUCUCUCAUGAAGAUGAUAAAAGAGUAGCAAUGGGGGAAGGACCAUGGUUUAUCUAUGAUCACUACCUGACUGUAAAAGAUUGGGGCCCAAACUUCCAUCCGGAGAAGGACGCUAUUGAAGAAGUUGCAGUUUGGAUAAGGAAUGCCGGACUCCCUAUUGAAUAUUAUGACACUAGUGUCUUGACUUUCAUUGGAAAUAGGUUGGGCAAGGCAGUGAAGGUAGACAAAAAUACAGUGAAGCAAGAAAGGGGCAAAUGCUGUGGAUGGCCCGUGGACGGUUGUGCAGAAGCAACGGCGAGGAAACAGGUUGCCGGAAAAAAAAACAGUGGUCCGGCGAAAAUUAAUGCUGGUAAUAAGUUGAAUGGAUCUCGAUUCAUUUCCUUGUCUGGAAAGGAUCAGGAGAUUAAUGAUAGUCUAAAGAGCAUUGAUGGUGGAAUGAUUGAGAUUGAUGGGGCAAUGAUUGGUGGUAUACCCAAAAAGGCAAGUGUGGAAUAUGAGAAGAAUAAAAAAAAGAAAGAAGUUGUGGCUGACAUAAAUAAGGAGAGAGAGGAGGAAAUAUUAAAUAAGGAAGUGAUGGAUUCGUUGCAUGGCAUGGGAAUUAAUGAGGCAAUCAUUGGUGGAGAAAAGGAAACUAGACACGUGGGGAGACAAGAAAAUAAUAGACAGAAAACCAAGAGCAUUAAUGCUAAAAAGGUGAUGAAAUUAAAACUGGCAACACGUGUUACAGCAGCUUUCAAAGGAAAAGGAGUGAGUGGGACCAAGCAUGCAGUAGAAGGAGGAUUAGGAGAGAAUCAGCAAAAAGUGGUGGGCCCAUAUCAUUUUAAAAAUAAUGUGCAUAAAGGGAAGGAAAACAUGAAGAGAGACGCGGGUGUAAACAAGUUUCACAUGGUGGAUAAGGGAGAAUCUUUUUGUAUCAAGUAUCCUGAUAUCAACACACCACAAAAUAUGAUUAGUUCUUGUCUUGAUAUUGCUACUCAUACAAGGCCAUCUGACAUGGAUAUCCAAGUAAUGAGCAGUCCACCAGACAUGAUAAGGGAAGAGGCUCAUAAUGAGACCGAGGAAAAAGGUUUUGAAGAGAAUAGUAGUGAAGGUAAGAGGCAACAUGAAGAUAUGGAAGUGAAUUGUAGAGGAGCAGCUGGUAAAGCAUUCUAUCGAUAUAGUAAGCAUUAUAUAGAUUUGUAUAGGCCUACUAUGUUUGUAGUUAUGGAAACGAGGUGUGAUCCCGCGAAAUUGACUAAGAAAUUUAAGAUUAUGGGAUUUGAUGAAAUGAUUUACAUGGAGAAUCAAGGUUAUGAAGGGGGCAUUAUUGCAGGCUGGAAGAAGCAAUAUCUAUCAGUCAAACUUGAAAAGAAGGAUCUGCAAUACCUCCAUUUAAAAAUUGAGAGUCAUCAGGCUAAGCAUUGGUACUUUACUGCCGUGUACGCUAGCCCUAAUGAAGUUCAUAGACAAGCAUUAUGGGAGGAGCUAAAGAUUACUGCGCGAGGAAUGAAGGUACCUUGGCUUGUAGCUGGUGAUUUCAAUGAAAUAGCUAGCAUCGGUGAUAAGAAAGGUGGUGUUCCUGCGUCAGCCAGAAAAUUCCAUAACUUCAGAGAUCGUAUUAAUCAAUGCAAGUUAAUGGAUCUUGGAGCUAGUGGACCGAGAUUUACGUGGAGAGGUCCAUUGUAUCAUGGAGGCCAAAGAAUAUAUGAGAAACUUGAUAGAGCUAUGUGUAAUGAUAUGUGGAGAUUGGAGUUUCCGAAUGCCUAUGUCAAAGUUUUAGCAAGGGUUGAGUUUUCUGACCACCAUCCCCUUAUGAUUACUUUGGAUCAUUCUCUUAAUAGGAAAGAAGAUAAAAAAUUCAGGUUUGAGAGUGCUUGGCUGUUAAAUGACUCUUAUCACGAUAUGCUCAAAAAGGCAUGGCAAGAAGAUAAAGAAAUAUAUUUGAAUUUGAAGCAUGUACAAGAUAAUAUCAAAGAGUGGAAAGAGGAUACUAUGGAACAAGCCAGUCGUAGAAAGAGAAGAAUUAUGGCUAGGCUUGGUGGUAUUCAAACAAGUUUGCAAAGAAAUAGUUAUAACCCUGGAUUGGAAAAGCUUGAGCAAACUUUGCAGGCGGAAAUGACGAAUAUUCUUAAGAAGGAAGAAGUGAUGUGGUUUCAACGGUCUAGGGCUGAAUGGCUUAUCAAUGGGGAUCGGAAUACCAAAUACUACCACAUGAAAGCUGUUACGAGGAGGUGA